AUGGAGUCAAGUUUAAGUAAAAUCAAUAAUGUGGCUGAGAAAGCUAUGUUGGAAUUGUAGAAGCAGCCACUAAUAACGUGGAAUUCUGGAUGCUUAAACACGAUUAGAUAUAUAUUAGAUAAAUUAAAAUCAUGUUUAGAGGAAGUGAGUUUCAAUUUGAUGACUAAGGAUCUUAACAAUGAGGCAUCACUAUUAUAAAAGUUAUCAGCAAAUUAUGCAGUUGUAUUUGAUAAGGUGAUUGAAAUUAAUUCACGAAAAAUAGUUAAUGCUCCUGAAUUACCUAUUGAAUACUGUUAGAGAUAACCAAAUUCUACAAGAUCAAUGUUGGGUGGAACUGAAGUUUAGAAUUUUAAGAUAUAUUCUUAGAAAAAUUCAGAAUUUAUAGAUGCUGAAUAGACUUUUAAAAUGAAUAAGUAAAAGAUCUUUAGGAAAAUGGAAAAUAAAGGUACAAGUACUAGUGAUGAUGCAAUGAUUAAGUUACUUUAAGGGAAUAUUUAAUAUGAAACUGAAAAGGAAUUGUUAAGAAUUCAAGAGGAAAAUGAAGCUAAUUUAAUAGACUUAAGGAAGCAAUUAAAGUUAAAGGGUUUGUGGUCAGAAAUCUGUAGCAGUCAUGCUACAUAAAAAUUGAAUGAUUUGAAUAAACAUAUGGAGAGGGAGACUUUUAAGAAUGAUUUAUACAUAACAGAUUAAAUUAAGUAAGCGAAUGAGAUUAAGGAUGAGGAAGAAUUUGAUAUAAGAAAAGAAGUCAAAGAUAAGAUAUUGUUGGUUUAAAGGAAGACAGCCGAUAGAAUAAUGAGAGCAGCAGAGAGAAAGAUUAGACUUGAAUAUGAUGCAUUUAUGAUAAAGAGAACAGCAGGUAUUUUAGUAAAAAAGAGCAAGACUUAAAAUUUUUAAAGAAUUGAAGAAUUAGAGAAAUUGAUAAAAGAUAAGAAUGAUUAGAUAGUUGAAAAAGAAGCCAAAAUGAAUUAAUUAUUCUAAAAAUUUGAAGAAUAAGAGAAGAAAUUUACAAGUUUGUUAAAACAGAUUGAUACUUAUAAAGUAACUCAAAAAGUAGAAGUAUGCAAUACAAUAGUAUCUAAAAAUGGAAAGAAAUCAGAUGUUGAAGUUUAGGUUUCUAUGGUGGAUCCAAGAGUUGAAUUGUUUGAAUUAAGAUUAUCUGAAAUGAUUGAUGAAAAUGACGAAAUGAAAGAAGAAUUAAAAUUGUUACAUGAGAAGGCUUUGGAGGAUAAGAUCUAAAGUUUGACUGGACCAAAAUAAAUAGAAGAAGUCUUAUUAUUAUUACUUUAAAGUGAUUUAUCACCAGAUAAUAAAAUAAUAUCACUUAAUACUUUACUAUAAUAUAUAAAGGAUAAUUCAGCUGAGGAUAUUGCAAGAUUGGCACCAAAUGAGUUAUAUCGUAUUGUAAGAUCUAAGUUGAAAUUUAAUUGUGAAUCUCCUUUAGAAAAACUUGAUGAAUUAUCUGGAGAUGAAGAUGACAGUUAUGAAUAAUAAUCUUAAACAAAGAAGAGAGUGAAAAAUAACAAGAAACGAGUAGGGCAUAUUGAAAAACCAUUUGAACCCUCGAUACAAGAAUAAUUAGAUCUUGAUAAAAUUGCUACUUAAAGAAGACAGGCAUAAUCAGAGACUGAAGAUGAAUCAACUAAAAUAUAGAAAAAAUAAUUACUCUAAUUAAACCAGAUUGAUGAUAUAACUAAGAAGACUAGUGUUCAUAAAUUAAUUGAAUAAGUUAGUAGUCCUAAAUCAACAAAUAGAUCGAAUAUCACUUUUAAAUAGAAGUAGGGAUAUUUAAAAACCAAUAGAAAUAACAGUGCUGUCAACAAUGAUAGAAAUAAAAAGGAUUAAAAUUCCUCAUCUGGAUAAUUUGGAAUCUAAAACAGUAGACCAACCCUUACAUAAUUAGAAACCAAGAGCAAUAAGUAAUCCUUUUCAAAUUUCUCUUCUAAGGAAUUAAAUAUUUAAAAAGGAGAAAAAUAACAUAAAAAACCAUCAAUAAUGGAUUAAAGUGAUAUUCAAUGUGAAUUUUACAAAUAUAAUAAAACUAAAGAUAUUGGAAUAUAAGUAUCAUUAAAAUAAGAGUCUAAGAUUCCUCCUUAAUAAUAGCAUAUUGAAACUUUUAUAUAAUAAUCUCAAUAAUAAUUAAAAGAAAAGGAAAAAGAGAAAAUAGAAGAAUAAACAAAAAAGCUUAAUGAUUCUUAGAUUUAUAGAGCCAAGGCAGAGUCAAUUUCAUAGAAGACUACUUAAACAGAUGAUUUCGUUUUAUGGAAUCUCUUUUAGUAGAUGGCUGGCGAUCUUGGACUUUCAGAAGAUCAAUUAAAGAAAUUAGAAGCUGUUUUCUUAAAUGAAUAAUAAUUUAUUCACUUCUAUGAUAAGAAUUCAACUUAAAAAUAAUUAUCCCGUAAUUCAUCUAACUAAAUUGAUACAAUGGGAGAUUAUAGAAGAGAUAGUUAUAGAAAUUUAGAUAAAAGUACAGGCAUAAGAAAUUCAAUUAAACUUAGAACAGGUAGUUAAUAAAAUAUCUUCACAAAUAAUGAUUUAGUGGACAAUUAUGUCUAAUAAAAAAAUGAGUUAGGAGAUGAUGAGUAAUAUAAAAAUUAAAAUACAUAACCAACUUCAUUAUAUUCACCAGGUGUCAGUAGAUAAUAAAGUUAGAUUAUAUUUUCAGGAAAUCAAAAUAAUUAUAAUGGAUCAAUAAAUUAGCCUUUUAGUUCUAAUGGUAUAGGUAAUGGUUAAAGAACAAAUAGUCCUAUAAAUCACAAUUCAAGUUAGGGCCUGAGAAGUGUUAGUCAACUUAUAAACACAGGUGAUAAUGUUCAUAUCAUUACAUAUGGCCCUGUAUCUCCAUCUGAAUAAAUGAUUAGAAAUAAGCAUCGAACUUCUUCUUCUAGUUAGAAACUGUUAGAGGAUAUGUUGAAAUCUAAAUCUUAAAUUGCAAAAUCGCCAGAACAAAAUCAAAGAGAAUAAAAGGAGUAACAAUUAUUUUUUUCUGUUUUCGGCGAUGAACCUCAAAAUGAUGAAGAGUUCGAUUUAGAAAUACUUAGAUAAAACAUGGGAAGACCAUUGGAAAUAAUCUAAGAUCAUCUGAAAGAAGAAUCAAUUAAAAAGGUAUUUACUUAAUUGGCUUAAAGAGAAAAAAAUGAAUGGAAAGAUAAAAUUUUCUUGAUUAUCUCUAAAUAUUGUAACAAGAGUGUUCAAACAAUCACUUAUUUUGAUUUCAAAAAGUAUUAUGAAAAUUAUAUGAGAGUGCAUAAAAGAUGUGGUGAUGAAUGCACACAUAUGAAAAGAUUUUUAGCUAGAAUUGGAUUUGGAUUUGUUAGUAAAAGAAAAGUCUUGAACAUGUCCAAAUAAAGUGUAUCUCCAUUUGAAUAAUUACCUAAACUUAAAUGA